AUGGAGACAGCUUCAGCUGCAGUUUCUGCUGAUUAUGAUGGUAAUGAUAAGAAGAUACAAUCAGAAGUAAGCUCUGGGAAGAAGAGUUUGGGGAAUGGAGGAGCUUUAAGUGAAAAUGAGUGGGAGACAGGAAAAGGAAGAACAUCUUGUCGGGUCUCAUCAACAUCACUGGCACAGAAAAAAGGGGCAACGAAAGUGAUUCUACCAGAUGAAUUGUUGUUGGAAAUUCUGAUACGGCUUCCGGGAAAGGAACUGGGAAGGUGCAAGUGUGUGUGCAAAUCUUGGCGAUUCGACGUAGUUGCUUUCACCACGAAGCUGAACGGUGGUGAUCACAGUGCCGGAAAAAUCAUUCGGCGAGAGAUCAAAUGGAGAGAUGGUCCGGCGGCGGACAACCGAGUCACCACUGUCAGUGGCCGUUUGCUUGGCAUGAGACGGCUGAGGGACGUCGGUAUUGGUCAUGAUCCGCCGGGGAAGAAAACAGAAAACAGACAACAGGAAGAUUAG